AAGAAAUAGCAUAAAUUCUCUCCUAAGGUCAGCCCUGAAUCUCUGAUUGCCUAGAGGCUCAAUCAGCUGGAGACCAUGGCGUUCGAUGGUACUUGGAAGAUAGACCGAAACGAGAACUAUGAAAAGUUCAUGGAAAAAAUGGGUAUUAAUGUGGUGAAAAGGAAGCUUGCAUCUCAUGACAAUUUGAAACUGAUAAUUACACAAGAAGGAAAUAAAUUCACAGUCAAAGAAUCAAGCACUUUUCGAAACAUUGAAGUUGUGUUUGAGCUUGGUGUCACUUUUAAUUAUAGCCUCGCAGAUGGAACUGAACUCACUGGGACUUGGAGCCUAGAGGGAAAUAAACUUGUUGGAAAAUUCAAACGGGUGGACAAUGGAAAUGAACUAAAUACUGUCCGAGAAAUUGUAGGUGGUGAAAUGGUCCAGACUUAUGUAUAUGAAGGAGUGGAAGCCAAGAGGAUCUUCAAAAAGGAGUGAGCAUUGUUCCUGGAACAGAGCCCAGAACACAUAUGAGAUGGAAAAUCUAUACUGAACCAGAACUUAUUUUCCUCUCCUCACCAAGUGUAAGGUUGCUGACUGAUUAGUCCUUUUAUGAACAUUAGCCAAUGGCUUAUAUUUCCAGUCUUGCUAAAGCAAAA